AUGAGAUUGAUUGAUGUGAACACUAUUACCUCUCUCCAAAUCGAUACUCAUGUCCAGCUGUAUGAGGAAAAACAAUUAGUCGAUUUACCACAAUGGGAAAGAGUUAGGGAUUUUCAACUCGUCGGUUCGCACCUCCCACAUAACAUUUUCAACGUUAUUGGAAACGUGGCCUUCAAUAUUAAAUAUGACUGCGUUGACUUGGACUUUACUCUCGAACCCAUUUAUUUGUUUGUUUUCACAGUUCUCAAUCCAUCCGAAAACUUCGAAUUUGGACAAAUAACUUCUAAGAACUUAUACAUUCCUUUUCCUAUGCUCAACACUCACCGUAUAUUGGAGAACGUAUCAGUUACACUUCCGCGAAACUGCAUAAUCAUGGAGAAAUUCUAA